AUGUUAUCCAACCGGAUGUUGAACGUGAACGACCUGCCCCUCGAGCUUCUACAUGAAGUAUUCGCUUGGCUUUCUACCGUUGACGUACCUGGUUUUGACGCUGCCACUGCUUCUAUCAAGCUCGGCUGGGUCGUUGUCUCGCACGUCUGCAAGCGAUGGCGCGACACGAUCUUGAACAUGGCCGUUCUGUGGGCGUCUAUAGCCGGCGGCGUGUUCACCUCCCAGGAAUUAUGCGAGGAACUUAUACGGCGUGCGCGCAACUCGCCUUUGUAUCUCUGGGACUGGACGAGGGUCUCUCCCGAGGAAUUUACGCGAGUGAUCCUCCGCCAGACUGUAUCCCGACUAGCGAUUGAUCACCUCGAGCGCAUCGCAAAGCUAGCAUUGGACGCUCGAGAUCCCGCAACCGUCCAUUCCAUUCUGGGUCGCCCUCUUCCACAGCUACGGGAACUCUAUCUGGAGGGACGCGAACCGGGAGCCCGUGACGGACAAUUCCUUUGGCUCUCCGGUGCCGAGCGCACAUUGAUCAGCCCGCAUCUUCAGACACUCGAGAUGCGUCUGGUGUUCUUCCCCUUCCAGGCUCCUGCCCUGCAAGCGUUGUGUAUCGAUCACAACUGGGCCGGCGCAGAUAUCACUUACGAGCUACUGAUGGAUGCACUCGCGUCUUGUCCCUUGCUAGAGGACUUGGAACUAUUGGACGUAUUGCCCCUGGACGAUGGAGUACCCUCGCGCCCUGUUCCGCUUUCACACCUCAGUACGCUCACUUACUCUGGUUCUCCUCCAGACUUCACACUGUUGUGGGACUCGCUCGCCAUCCCCCCACGCGCGAUGUCCACGUAUCGCUCGAAUUCCUGA